ACAUAAACAAAUUAAAUGCAGUGUGCUUCUCGGAGCAAUUAGUACGAUAUACCCAAACUACUAUGUCUUUAGUUACAAUGAAUCGUAAAUGUGAUAGGAAAGAAAGAUUCUUUUCAUUAAACCAUCUGACGGGUUUGGUACAAUGUCUCAUCAAUCAAAAUGUACUGAUCGAUCUACAGAAUGAAACAUCCGUAGCCGGAACCAUAACGAACGUCGAUGGUUACAUGAACGUUUCAAUGAAGACAGUUGUGUACAUUGACCAGCUGGGGCAGCAGUUUCCGAUGGAUAAUUUCAUGAUCCUCCCAAAGUACAUACGAUACGUGCACAUUCCAAAAGAGCCAAAUAUUGACCUAAAUCUUGCAAACAAAAUAAGGCUCAAAAAAAGUUUACAAGCAUUUGCCGCGGGAAAUCAGUUGGUGCAAUACGCCGACUCCGCCAUAUUAUGACAGUUCGGAUGACACAAAGAAAACAAGAAGACGGCAAAAAGAGUGUCCUUGAUCAAAACAAAAACAUCCUUUGUGUUGGCAAAAAUAAAGAACGGAUGGUUU